CAGAGCUAGGAUAGGUCCUGGAUAGGUCUCUAGGUAUCCUCCAACACUUCCAGUACCUACUGUACCGCUGAAAAGCGCCCAACAGUCUAAAGAGUACUUCUCCGUUCAGGCUGGCAAGAUAUCUCUAAAGCCUUUUCAGUUCUCGCUAAAAUGGCACGCGCUCACACUUGCCUGCAAAGAUUCUUUAGGCAGGGCUGUCCAAUGCAGCAAAGAUCCAGAGGGGCCGAACAAAUCAGAAGAGAAGAGCACUGGCACCUUUCUCUGGAAGGGCUGGCAGUAGUGAAACGCUUUGCAGCAUUGGGAGAGCAGACUGUUCAUGCUGCUAAGGCCAGGAAGGGCAGGAGAAGGGAGAAUAAGCGCCAGACGCUAAUAGGAAUCUGAGGCUGAGGGCGUCAGGAGAAGACAGCAUUGCAAAAUGGCGAGGAGGAAGAUCAAUGUUGCCGCCGCAACGGCGUCGGCGUUCAAGCUUCUGAUCAAGAUCCUCAAUGGCAUUGUCGUUUUGGGAGGCAUCUGCAUGAUCAUCAUGGUCAUCUUGCUGGAGAGCCCCGGUGCACCGUCUGUCGCCCCUGGCUGGACCUGCAUCAUCCUUGGUGUCAUUACGCUCCUGGCCGGCGUCUUUGGCUUUGCUGCUGACACCAACGUUGCGCUCUACAUCAUCCACCUCGGGUUUGCGGCCCUCGCGAUCCUUGGCUGCGCUUCCGCUACGCUCGCUACCUUCGUCAACGCGCGGCGCAUCACCGACAGCACGCACUUCAACCCGAAGCGCUUCUCGGACCCCAAGGUGCUCAAGUUCUUCAAGGGCGCCGCGUGGGCGUUCCUCGCCGUGCUGCUCGCUGAGAUCGUGGAGAUCGUACUGGGCGUGAUCGUGCGGCGCUGCCUGCCCGACGACCGGUACAUCGACCUGGCGGAGUACAACGGCGAGCGGAGACAGGUGAUCAUGGACAUCAAGGCGAAGGCGGACAAGAACACGGACCGGACGGAGAAGGCGCGGACGCAGAAGCUGGCGGACAAGAUGAAGGACAAGUACGGCAAGUGGAGCCAUGAGGACUGGGGAGAAGCGGCGUAAAGAGAACGGGCCCGCUGUUCAAAAUAGAAGACAUUUGCAGCGCAGAACAGGACUGGGAUAUGCAGCUCGGAAACACAGAUUACAGAGUGCUUCGCGGGAUAGGACUGAUAUAACCUGACCGACCUAGAUGAACUUACUGGCGACAUGCUCUGAAUUGACCGGACAUGGACAGACAGCAUGGUGCUCUGAGGACUGCUAGACGACUACAUACUGUAACCAAACAAGACCAUCAUUCGAUUGAGCGGCAAUAUCCUUUGAUCAGGUGCGUGACAGGGUGGGAAGGACUAUGUCAGACUCGACCGUUGCAUGCAAACCGUUGAACUUGAAGAACUCUGAUUUUUUGCUUAUAAUCGAACAAAUCCUUGAGAAGCAACCUAUCUUACU